AUGAUCAAUAUAUUUGUUCGCUCUGAGCAUCCUUCCCUUUCUUUCUUUCUUUUCUUUCUUUCUUUCUUUCUUUUCUUUCUUUCUUUCUUUCUUUCUUUCUUUCUUUCUUUACCUUUCUUUUUUUCCUUUUGUCCAUCUUAUUUUCUCAUUCUUUCUUUCUUUCUUUCUUUCUUUCUUUCUUUCUUUCUUUCUUUCUUGCUUUUUUUCUUUCUUUCUUUCUUUCUUUCUUUCUUUUAUCUUGCCCCUGGCUUUCUUAUUUUACUUUCCUUCCUUCCUUCCUUCCUUCCUUCCUUCCUUCCUUCCUUCCUUCCUUCCUUCUUACCUACCCAGAAUCCUCUACCAUCUGCUUCAGUCUUCUUUUUGCAUAUGAGAGUUUCUUCUUCUUUUCAAGAUAUAAGAGUUUCUUCUUCUUCUUCUUCUUCUUCUUCUUCUUCUUCUUUUCAAGAUAUGAGAGUUUCUUCUUCUUCUUCUUCUUCUUCUCCUUCUUCUUCUUAUCAAGAUAUGAGUUCUUUCUUCUUCUUCUUCUUUUCAAGAUAUGAGAGUUUCUUUUUCUUCUUCUUCUUCUUCUCUUCUUUUCAAGGUAUGAGUUUCUAUUCUUCUUCUUCUUCUUUUCAAGAUAUGAGUUUUUUCUUCUUCUUCUUCAUUUCAAGAGUUUCUUCUUCUUUUCAAGAUGAGAGGUUCUUCUUCUUCUUCUUCUUCUUCUUCUUCUUCUUCUUCUUCUUCUUCUUCAGUAGUUUUUGGAUCAAAAUAGAAUUGAAUCUAUCUAUCUAUCUAUCUAUCUAUCUAUCUGGUGUUUUUAUUACUGGUAAUAUUUUUUAUCUAUCUAUCUAUCUAUCUAUCUAUCUAUCUAUCUAUCUAUCUAUCUAUCUAUCUAUCUAUCUAUCUCAUACACAUGUGCCAGACAAAGUAAAGUUUGUAGACUUUUCCUCUGUUUACGGUGAUUUACUCAAUUUUUCUUUCUCUUGCCUUUGUUCGCUGUGGUUUUCUUAA